AUGGAGCAACGCUUUCUGUACCACUUCCAGUGUCAAAACAAAGCCGGCAGCUACAUCCUUCAGUGGACGCCUGGUGGUGAUGAUGGGACAAGAGGCGUAGGGUUCCUGGUGGAACAAAGACUGCCACAGGCUAACUGGACCACAGUCUCCGCCAUUGUUGAAAGUGAUGGUGUGAGGAGACAGGUGCAGCUACCUGAGUCUGGAGACAGGACCGUCUUCUUCAGGCUCUAUGCUACAGAGGGCGCUGCAAGGACGUCACCAGUGACGGCAUCAUGUACAACAGUCACUGCUGCAGUCGACAAUGGUGAGCUAUCGUUUGGAGCAGGAGUGGGCGUUGGCUUUGGUGUUGCAGUAGCUGUUGUAGCAGUGUCCCUGGCUGUUGUUUGCAUCUGCAGGAAGAAGUGCCUGUCAUUGAAGAAUGAUCCGUCGAGGCAGAAGGAAGAGGAAUCUGUAUAUCAUGAGGUAGCUGCAUCUACCGUGACAACUCAGCACACUCGCCAGCAACAUCGUCAGUCAGGCGCGGGGACAUCUGGCAGCACUUACGACGCCCUCACAUCUGACAGGGACACGCCAACUGAAGCACCAACUUACGAGAAACUAGAGAAACAGUACGUGAACAUGGCGGUGUCUGCUGAUGAUGAGACCUAACUGCAAAGACCAAAUUGUGUACAAUGUACGAAGGUCAAAGCAGCACAUUCACAUGUCUCGUUAUACGUCUUCCAUGAGGUCUGGGCUUACAUCAGUCGCUUGACUCUAUCUUUCCAUUUGAAAACGUCUGAGACGCUAUCAUUCGAAGUGCCGAGUUACGUCCCUUAGGUGUGCCAGACGCCCGUGAUCGUGUGUCUCUCAGAUUUAGUUGUGGUUACCCUUCGUAGCUUUUCCGCACCGUACCUCUGAUCGUGGGUUUCUUCAAAUCAGUUUUCCUCCUGCACCAAGCGUUGACGCAAUAUAUAUAACUGAAGAUUUCCUACACAGCUGCCUUAAACUCCUUACCCAAUAAGAGCUACUGAUUUCAGAGAUGUACAUUGUUUCACCAAAGCAAGCUUAUUUUCAGAAACUUAUACAUAUUUACAUGUAUAUACAUAUACAUAUUUUUAAAGACAGCUUAAGAGAGAUUAUGUAUUGUCUGAGGAUGGUUAGAUAUAGCUGUAGUCACUAAAGCACUGUGCAGUAGGGAACAAUACGGCGGGCUUCACAAACACACAUGCCACGACAUAGUAUACACAUGAAGCCUCAUAGUAGACUUGACGUACGUAUGAUGCGCUAACUUAUUUUCCAAUCUCGUGUGCGGAAUUAUCGUUAUGAUAUUGAGGGGCAGCAUUACCCAAUCGUCACUCAGUUCUCUAUGUAAAUUUGCAUUUCUUGGGCGUACCAGAAAACUACGACCUUCGGUUCGAGUACCAGAUUCGCCCUCUUUAUAAUUCUAGGUUUGUCAGCACCAUACCCAUGCUCGUGAGUUUCACCAGAGUUGACUAGCUCUGAUAAUAAUACUCACCAAAGCACUGUUAGCUAACUCACUCAGCUAAACAAUUGUUCAACAAACUGUAUACGCUCAAAAUAUAAAUAUGAUUUUGAAAAUGUA